AAAAUAAAUUAAGUGUUCGUCAAAGAAACAUCUAGCCAAAAUGACUACACUAUUUGCCAUCAACCUUUCGAACCUGCUGCGCCGGUGUUCCAUAGUUCAGACCACCGCAAUCCGGAAUUAUGCAACACCAAAACCCGGUGGAGCGCUCGGUUCCAAAAAGAAGAAGCUCGGCAAACUGGGCCCCGUGGUGGAGAAGAAGGAAAUCCCCGUCGAAACCGACGUCAACAAGCUGGUCAACUAUGUUUGUGGAAGCAACGUCCUAAAGACCGGGCAAGAUGUCAAGCUGAAGCCCGACUCGGAGUACCCGGAGUGGCUGUGGACGAUGCACGUGGGCCGGCCGUUGACGCUGGAGGAGAUGGACCCGGACACGAAGGCGUACUGGCGCAAGUUGCGGCGAAUGGCGCUGCAGCGGAACAACAAGUUGGCUAAACUAAAGAAGUUCUAGGGAGGGGUUCUAGAGAGUGGUUUUUAGAGAAUAAAAAUUGAUUUGGAGUGUUAGCGAAAA